AUGAUUAUAGUCGAUGGCUGUCGCAAAAUUCUGUCGACUGCCAUUGCUCUUCUCCGGCGAGAGACGGAGAUGGACGUCAGAACCUUCCUCCUCACGUUUAUGGAAAUUGUAGGUGGUGCUUCCGGCCGCAAGUGCAUAAUGUCCGAUGGUGCACUGACCAUUGCGAACGCUGUACAUAACGUCUUUCCAUCCGCACAUCAGUUGUUUUGUUACAUUCAUAUAAUUAGCUAUGUUAUCAAAUGCUUUCCCUCAUCCACUUCAUUCAGACAUUAUUUCAUCGCAAUGUACACAUGUAUCUACUGGAAGUAUUUAGCUGAAUCUAAACUCAUUCGUAUUAAUGAUCAACCUUUCUUCCACUAUAUCAGUUCCUUCAUUCUUCCCAACGCCUGCAAAUGGAUCAACAGCAGGAUGCCUGGUGCUGCAACAUACAGCAUACACGACAGGGUAUGGUGGAGUCCAUGCAUCGAU